CUCUCUUUCUUUCCACAUAGCAAAACAGCUGCUGGCUUUUGCAUACGGACAGAGGUGCUUUUCCAGAGAAAUUGAGCUGAGACCAGGCCGGCAAGCAGGAAUGUGGUGAGAGCCAGGAUUCCUGGGUUCCAUGAGCUUGGAAUGGGGUUCGGAGCAGGAUGUGAAGAAUCGGAAGAUCCAUUCAUGGCAGCUCAGGGGUGAGGAUCCUCCCCGAGUUUUAACCUCACUGGAAUGUGCCCUUGAACUCUGCUUAAUACCUCUUUCUUGCAUGUGAGGCUGCUGCACAGAGAGAGAAGUGUGUGCAGAAACCAGCUAGCCAGAUACAUUCUGCCCCUUUCCAUCUCUGGCUCUGCUCACAUUUACCUCUCCACCUUAUACAUGUGGAAGGUUGCAGGGAAGGCGAUAUAAUCCUCUGUGUGGAAAAGGUCUCUCACCUGCGAGCUCUGGGAGCGGAAAGAAUAGGAAUCCCGAUCUACCUCCUCAUCCUUCCUCAUCUACUUCCUGAGUCCAGUCCAGAAUGGACAUUGGACAUUACCUGCAACGGAUCGGGUACCAGGGCCCCACGCAGCCUUCUCUGGAGACCUUGCGCAGCCUCCACCGGUGCCACCUCCUCUCCGUGCCCUUCGGGAGCCUCAGUAUCCAUUCCGGGGAGCCCAUCGUCCUGGAAGUGUCCUCCCUCUACAACAAGAUCGUCCGGCAGCAUCGGGGCGGCUUCUGUUUUGAGUUGAAUGGCCUCUUCCUGUGGCUGCUGCAGGCAUUGGGAUUUGAUGCCAAAGCUGCGGCCGGGCGUGUCCUGAACCGUUUCACCGGCUGCUAUGGCCCCCCGUUGGACCACAUGGUGAUUUUGGUGCAGCUGGGUGGGCGCCAGCUGCUCUGCGACGUGGGCUUUGGUGAAGGUUUCACGGAGCCAUUAGAGCUGAAGGCCUCUGUGGAGCAGGUCCAGGAAGGUGGCAUUUUUUGGCUGGGCCUCCAAGGGGGCGUCUGGGUGCUGGAACGCCGAGAAGUCUCUGGGAAGGAGGGGAGGCCCUUAUAUCAGUUCACCCUCGAGGAGAAGAAAUUGGACGAUUUUACGGGCAUGUGUCUGUAUCACCAGACUUCACCCAGCUCCAUAUUCGUUUGCAAAUCCUUCUGCUCCCUGCAGAAAGAAAAUGGCGGGCGCCUCACCUACAUGGGUUGGCGUCUCAUUUCCAAGAAGGGAGAGGAGCGUACAGAGACCACCCUGCAGAGCAACGAGAUCCCAGUGGUGCUCCGUGAGAAAUUUGGGAUCAAUCUGAGCGGGGACUUCAAGCCAAAGGAUGAAGAAAUCCUGCCACCUCUUGAGGAAGGUUAAUGAGGGAUGGUGGAAAUUGCUCCCAAUUCAGAUAAUAGCCUAAAAGAUGGUUUGUAAAUAAUUUCUCAGGGUGUAGCUCCUAGCCAUUGGUUAAGUGCCGUGAUGUCAUGGAAGCAUCACAAACAUUCUAAUCUCCAAAGAAAGGGGAAAUUUCAUUUGUUUGCUCCAAUCCCGAAUCUGUCUGUUAACUUCCACACUCUUGCUAUUUUGCAAAUGCAGUGAAAUAAAAAAAUUAAGGUCUUAUAUAUAUAAUAAAUGUUCAUAGAUGUAUCAACAAACACGUACAUAAAUAUAUAAACCACA